UGUCUCUUCCCUAAACUCGGCGCAAUUGACAAGAGAGUGGAUCGGUGAGAUAGCCGACCACCCAUCGAGUCGGGCACUUCCCAGGAUGUCUGGACACUACGAGAGGGUCAACGCCCAGGACGAGGACGAACCCGAAACACCGACUGCGCCUUUGCCGAGGGCCCCGUACCCAAUCCCGAACUCGCCGCCACCGUCAUUUCAUUCAAGAGCGUCGUCGAUAUUAUCGAGAGAGCGAGAGCACAGAGUCGACCCCGACCUGGCCGAUGCAUUUGAUGCCGAUGGCGACGAGAGCGACGAUGAGGCGGACGAUACGCAGCGGUUGGUUCCCAACAACUCGCUUCCCGCGGAUAGCGAGCCCAGCGCGACCACACCCAGGCCGCCGCACCCAGCGGGCGGCCAAAUGUCGCAGUCGCAGACCGCCGCCACGGCCGCGUCUGCACCAACAUCGCUCAGAGUGUAUGGGAGUGGCAUUCAAUCCGACGGUGUUUUUUCCAAUUUGGCUGCACGGCCUGAGCGAGGAAAUGAGGUCGAGAAGGAGGAGCAACCUCCGACGUACGAACAGGCAGCAGCCGAUGCGGCUCCUCCGUACUGGGAGACAACCAUCCUGGCCCCCGGCCUUGGCGGGCCCGACGACGUGUACAUCGAUGGCAUGCCUGUCGGCUCCUUCUUCAGCUUCGUGUGGAACGGCCUGAUCUCGAUGUCGUUCCAGCCCUUCAUCGGCUUUCUGCUCACGUACCUUCUCCACUCCACGCACGCUGCCAAGAACGGCUCGCGGGCUGGCCUCGGCAUCACGCUUAUCCAGUACGGCUUCCAGAUGAAGGGCAGCCCCAGCUCCGGGUCGGGUGCUGGUGGAAUGAACCCGGACAAUGCUGGCGACAACUACACCGGUCCCCCGGACCCGAAUGCCCACGAAUUCGACCCCAGCACGGUUGACGGAGACGGUAGCUCGGGGUUUGCCGGCAUCGAGGGCAGCGAUUGGGCGGCCUACAUUCUGAUGAUUGUUGGCUGGUUCAUUCUUAUUAGGGCUGUGAGCGACUACCUUAAGACGCGGAGGCACGAGCAGCUGGUUCUACAAAGCCCCGACCGGGGGCUGGGCAUACCCAUCAUUGCCGAAGGCGAGAGGUCCGAGACGGUGGUAUGACCUGGUCAGUUUUUGUUUUGCUUCACGGCUCGC